AAAUAUUCCGUGUCCAUUAUGUUAUGCGAGCCCAACUCGUCUUCGUGACCUAUUCUAGCAAACGAGUGACAGUAUUGAUUCAAAAGCGAACGUCUAUCGCAGUUAUUUCGAGAUGUGAUCUUCAUGUCCUACUGCAAUCUCAUUCCAACAACACCUAGUUAUGACUGAUUUCUUGCCUGAGCCGCCGUUCUUCCACCGUGUCCCAAGCCCUUGGAGACACAGACCAGCCCGAUACAUUCGCGGUCAACCCCAUAUAUCCAAUGGAUGGUAUCAAGACGAACGAAAACUGCGACACCCAAAAAUAUCGAAAGCUUUCAUCUGGCCAAAAGAUGGUAGAAAUGGUUCUAAGUUGGGUCGAAUGAAAGACAUUCUCCAAGGCAAAGGUCCAGACAUCUUCGUUGGCUCUGCGGCUGAUGCAAGAGAUUUUGUGGCCAAACGCCCAUCGCGAUCCCAAUGGUCCAAACAUGUCAAUCUCGAUGACCGUUUCUCGGAGCCCGCCUUCAACCCUACCAAGUUCGCCCCUUGGACAGAGGGAGGUGUGCUGUCAGGUGGACGUUCACGCGAAAUGGUUUACGACUUCCGUACGCGAAAGUAUGUAGAUCGGCAUCCUCGCAUGUGGACAGACGCGAGAUGGCAACCAGAUCCUUAUAAGAACAGAAAAUGGAACAUGUUUCCCGAAGCUCUGCGCGAUGUGUAUGGUGGUUGGUGGCAGGAUGGACGAUACCUACCAUUUCUUUAGGGUGGCCCAUUUAUGAACGACAUGGACAGACAUGUGUCGUAAUGCCUUGCUAAUUGGAAAAAGUCUUUCAGAUGCAGCCUUCGUGGGUCGCUUCCCAUAUAGUUUGAGGAGUCUCAGUCGUGCUGGCGACCUGUUUGCUUCGUCUUGCGGUGGGUGUCAGUGC